GCAAGAUCGACUGCUUCUCUGCCGUCGUCCCGUCCCAUUCUCUCGGUUUGUCCUUGUGCUGGGUGUUGCGGAGUGUCCAAUUGCGAGUGUACCACAACUAUCGAUCCCAGACUCCCGCCCCGUCAACAAUCUUCAAGACCCGCCUCCAAGAUGUCUCUCGUCAACCUAUCCCAUGUCUGUUCGCAUUUGAACAAUGCCGCCAAGGCCCGCCUUGGACUUACGUCUAUCCCGAACUCGAAACUACACCUCAAACUAUGCCUUGCCCUUCAGUCCGGCGGCUACAUUUCCUCCGUCGUUCGGGGCGGCCCAACUCCUCCCCCCCAACAUACGCUUCUUGGUCACCCGGACACUUCUAACGUGGAACCCGUGACACAAACCAACGUGGCGUCGAGGCGACUCUGGCUGGGGUUGAAGUACUGGCAAAGCGAGCCGGUGCUAGGCAAAUUGAAGAUGGUCAGCAAGCCCACGCGAAGGAUCUCGAUCGACGUUGCCGGUCUUCGGGAUGUGGUCCGCGGAAAGAAGAGCGGCUAUGUGGAAGGACUUCGAUCCCCGGGUGAAAGUCUGUACCUUUCGACGGACCGGGGUAUCAUGGAGGCGCGAGAAUGUGUUGAGAAGAAGGUGGGAGGCCUGGUCCUUUGCCGGAUUCUGUAACUGCGGCGAAAGACGGAGGGAAACUGGAAGAUGGAGCGUUUGCUUUAUGAAUGUUGUGGGAUUUGCAUUUCUACUGGAGUUUGGAUUGUCGCAGUGUCUCAUCCCAUGUUUUGGUAUCUGAUAUUUGCGAUUGUUGGGAUAGAUACCUUUGUACAGUAACAUAGGCUCGACUUCAUGUAUUACUUAGUGUUUACGGACCUUUUUCUUCAUUGACUUGAUCUUCGC